UCGUCAAUACCCCAACAUUUCAUUUUCUUGUUUCAAACUACUUGAAUCUAGAUUUACCUCCUCGCCAAAAACAGAAGUUGUUCUUGGCCAGAUAUGGCCUAUGCUGUUGUUGAUUCACUCGCCCAAACAAUACAUCGACUCCUUAGUCAAGAUGAACCGUAUCCUAUUUCUGAUGAUGGGAAGCAAGCGAUCGAAUCGCUUAGCCAAAAAAUAGCUCUCCUCCGAGGCUUCCUCGAGGGCUCUAAAGAGGAAGAAGCCAUGAGCUUGGAAACUCGAAUCAGGGAUGCCGCAAAUCGAGCUGAAGAUGUCAUGGAGCACUUGAUGUACGAGCAUCUCAUGAGAUCCAAGGCAGUUGUUGAAUGCACAGAUAUUAUUCUGUAUGAUUUAGGUGAGCUGAAAAAUGCGAUGAAGGAGAUCAACUCCAUUGCUCAAGAGGUGGAAAUAGUGCAGCAAGGUGACCGUCCAGCAGCGCAGUCCACAUCAUUCCAGAGUCCCACACCCGUUAUAGAUACUGUGACGGUUGGUCUGGAGGAGCAUAUCAAGAAAAUAAGAGGUCUGCUCUGCAGAGGAACACUUGCACGCCAGAUCAUCCCAAUCACGGGGAUGGGCGGUAUUGGGAAGACUACUCUUGCCAGAGCUGUUUAUCACGAUGAUGAAAUUUCCAACAAAUUUCCGAUUCGUGCCUGGAUUAAUGUGUCACAGGAUUAUAAAGCCGAAAAUAUUUUUGGAGAGCUCCUAUAUUCCCUGGAGAAACAAGUCGAACAAGGAUUUGUCAACGUUGGUGACACAGUGGAAGACAAAUUACACAGAAUCUUGACGUUGAAGAAGUACUUGAUAGUGUUGGAUGAUCUAUGGAGUGCAAAGGCUUGGCUAGACAUAACGAAGGGAUUUGGAGACCCAAACAAGCGUGAUGGGAGUCGGAUUAUCAUAACCACAAGGAUUGAGGAAGUGGUUAAUUCUACCCACCGUCGCCAUGCCAUGUAUUCUUACACUCUGCCUCUCUUGUUAGACCAUCAAAGUUGGUGUCUGCUCAAGCAAAAGGUGUUUCCUUGUCACAAAGAAUGUCCAUCGGAGUUGGAGAAGAUUGGAAAGGAUAUUGCAAAAGGUUGUAAGGGGCUUCCCCUUGCAAUUGUUGUAGUUGCAGCUAAAUUGUCUCAAAGAAACCAGACUAAAUCCUCAUGGAAAGAAGUUGCUCAAAACAUACGUUCAUUUAUCGUGGAAGAUGCAGAGUUCCAGAAGAGAAUGUUAUUGAGCUAUAUUCACUUGCCUCGUUAUUUGAGGCCUUGUUUCUUGUACAUGUGUGGCUUCCCUGAAGCUUACGAAAUUCGAGUCUCCAUGCUUAUCAAGUUAUGGAUGGCUGAAGGAUUUGUGGAAGAUCAAGUGGAGGCUGAAAAAGAUUUGAUUGAGCUUGAGAGGCAAAACCUGAUUUUCGUUAAGGCCAUCAAGUCCAAUGGCAAAAUCAAAAGUUACACUGUCCAUGGUUUGCUACGUGACUUGUGCAAUAUUCAGGCGAUAGAUGAGAAUUAUGAGCGGCGACUCAGUAAUUCUCAUCUUGAUCUGAGGGAGGUUGCAAGAGCGUAUGCCUCAACGCUGCGUUCUGUUAUAAGCUUCCGACCUAAUCAAAGCUCAUUACGCGGUCUGCGCAAGUUCAAAUUGCUGAGGGUGUUGGAUGUGGUGGAUACGGAUGCCUACCCACUCCCUGCUUCAGUGUUCGACCUCUUUCACUUGAGGUACCUCGCUUUCGGAUGUCCAAUGGAGGUUCCAUCAGCCAUAUCAAAACUUCAUAAUCUCCGAUCUUUGAUUAUUCGUCCGAGCAAGAGAUUGAGGCGCUUCUCAAUGGAUGAGGUAUAUCUACCGUUGGAGAUCUGGAUGUUGCCACUUUUGACUCAUCUUGUAUCCUUUUUCGAUCUCUUGCCAGAUCCAGAAGAAGCAGCUUCUUCUUCUACUCCGAAGAAGCUGAUCUCUCUUUCUGUGGUGAAGAAGCUGAUAUGUACAGAAGAGAUGAUGAAAAUGAUUUGCAAUGUGCAAAAGCUAGCAAUCACUUAUUUUGGAGACAUAUAUCAAGAAGACUAUCAGCUCCACAAUCUCGUUCUUAUGUCUCAACUUGAGAAGCUGGCACUAGUUGUGAAGAAAGAUUCUCAUUUUCAUCUAAAAGCUAAGCCUGUUUUUCCAAAGACACUGAAAAAGUUAAAGUUGAGUGGUUGGCGAUUUCCAUGGGAAGAUAUGAAGGCUAUUGCAGCUUUGCCCCAUCUUCAAGUGCUCAAAUUGAAAGAUCAUGCAUUUGAAGGCCAUACAUGGGACACUUUUGAAGAGAGUGAUGAGGAGGAUGGAGAAGAACGUUUUGUUAGUCUGGAAUAUUUGCUAAUUGAGGAAUGUGAUUUAAAAAAUUGGUUUACUGACAAACACCAGUUCCUAUCACUGGAGCGCCUAGUGCUCAAACGUUGUGCUGAACUAGAUGAGAUUCCAAAUGAUAUUGGGCACAUAUUAACACUUCAAAUGAUUGAGAUCGAUGGUGCAAACCCGUCUCUUCUCGAGUGUGUCCAAGAGAUCCAGAAGGAACAGAUGGAAGAGCAUGGUCGAGUCCUUAACGUUCGACUGCUGUAAGGGGUAUUAGCAAGAACUGAUUAGAUGAGUUGGAUUUGAUGAUAUUCCACAUUCCCACCCAUGGAUUUCAAAAAGACCAGGUUGCAAGGCUUCUGGGAAUUUGUUUUGAAUCCCUGCAUGUUGUUUCUUUAUUUGUAUCCAUGUGACCAUGUAUUUAUUUACUAAACUUAUCUGUUUUGAA